AGUUCAGUUGAACAAUAGCUAUUUUUAACACGUAUUUUGUUAGAUAGUAGUAGUGAAUAAACAAGCAUAGUAAAAAAUGGGGAAUUGCAAAAAUUUUAUGGUAGUGUAGAAAUUUAUUAUUCCAAAUAUACUGAUCUAUUCAUAAUAAACAAUAAUGGAAUUUUGUUAAAAGUAUGUACGUUUUGAAAAUUGCACAUAUAUUACAAUCAAUUAGUUGUCGAUAAGUAAACACCAAUUAUUUCUUGAACAGUUGAUUUUGUGAGGUAGUUAUAAUAAUCUAGUUUUCUCUUACAAAUGUUUAUGGAAUUUUUUUGUGUUUGGAACCGAAAAACAAUGAUACAUGAUCUUGAUUUUCCAGAUUUGGAGCUCUAUAUAAUUUAUAAAAGAAUGAAACAAACUUUAUGAAUAGCAUUAUAUAUUUGGCCUAUUAUCAUAUCUCAUAAUUUUCAUAUGAUUUCAUAAGUUUUUUUGUACAAAAUAGCGAUUAGGUAUGUCCUAGCUUCUCAAAUAAUAGAAAUACUAAUCCUGCACAUUAAUGAACGACUCCUGUAUCUGAAUCGCUUUUGUUGUUGAUGGCGAUAUCAAACAUACUGUUCUGAAUAAAGUGCUAAUUCUAUAAAACAUUUAAUUGUUAUUAUUUGGUCUAAAAAACAGUUUUAUCCUUCGCGGACUCUUAAAUACAUCAACAGUAAUCUAUUUUUAAACUGAUUGAUAAUACAUUUUUAAAUUUUACAACCCGACGCGUUAUUAAAAAUUUUAAUCGAUUUCUGGUACACGUACUUACGUUUAUUAUAAAAAUAUAGGUUUUUUCUGAUAAAACGUUAUUAUCAAUAUUCAAAAUAUAAUCACAACAACGAUCAAAAUGUUUUUUAUUUCGUAUUAUUUGUAGUAAAUUUUAAAUUGCCGCGAUUCGUUUGGUACAUGCGUAUUUGAUAUUACGCCUCCUACUCUAAAUACCGGACAUUGCACAUUGCAGCAAACGACAGGGUCAUCAUGAUGAAAUGAAGAGUAGUGAAAACCGUUUUGUGAUAAUUUUCAUUGUUAAAAAAUAUUGCUAAAAUUCGUGAAAAAGUGAUUUGUGUUCAGCCUUUUACGUAUGGAAAACUCAAACUCGGAAGGUGUCGUCCUACCGGACAUUUCCGAAGCCGAACAUCUUGCGAAUGAGCACGAUGGCGGCGAUAAUGGCGAUUCUGUUAUAGAUUCGAAGAAACCUCUUGUAUCAACAGUCUCAGUUAGACAUGCGGGGGUACCUGUUAGUCUUCCCGUGGGAUCGCUUAUCACUAGCACAUUUAAUGUUAUUACACAAGAUCAAAUUCCUCAUUUUAAACCUAUGUUAUGUGUCGAUAACAGUGGUUAUUUAGCUACAGAUGGAUCUGGCGAGGAACUUAAAACGAUUGUUAUACAACAAGAAGAUGUUUCUGGUACUUCUGUGAAUACUACAGUUUCAAAUGCUUCAGUGGGAACAUGGAAUGAUGCUGCAAAUGCAGCUGUGUUGCCUGUAAGGUGCAAAAAUACUUCCGCUGAACUUCAUAAAAACAGAUUUGGCUCUGGAGGUAGGGGGCGUUGCAUUAAAUUAGGAAGUUCUUGGUAUACACCUAGUGAGUUCGAAGCACUUUGUGGACGAGCAUCUAGUAAAGAUUGGAAGAGAAGUAUUAGAUUUGGAGGAAGAAGCUUACAAACUUUAAUUGAUGAAGGUAUAAUUUUACCACACGCAACAAGUUGUACAUGUGCUGCAUGCUGUGAUGAUGAAACAGCUACUGGACCUAUCAGACUUUUUACACCUUACAAGAGAAAAAGAAGGAAAGAACAUGAUUCUAUUAAAAGGUCAAAUGGAGAUGACAGUGACCACCAAACGAAAGAAGAAGCUUGGCAAAGUUUAGCUGAAGGUUUGGACUCCACAGACUAUCAGUUAAUUGAAACUGUAGGAAAUGCGGAUCCACAAACACAAAUAAAAAGGUUGGAAGAGAUAGCUCUACAGAUAAAUAGAUUAGCUUUAGAAUUUAGGAGAGGAAUAGAAGAUUUAAAAGAUACAAUGAGUAGGCAGAAUGAAAAAUUUCAUCGGGAUAAAGAAGCUGCUAUUCUAGCAGCAAGAGUUGAAGCACAAGUGGCGGCUCUACAACCAGAAAGCAAUUCAGAUUCUACUUUACAACCUGCCAUAGAUAACGAAAAUCAUAAAAAAUGUGCUAACUGUAAUCGAGAAGCUUUAGCAGAAUGUUCGUUGUGUCGAAGGACUCCAUAUUGCUCGACGUUUUGUCAGAGAAAGGAUUGGGCGUCUCACCAGGUAGAAUGUGUAAGGGGAGUCUCUGCGCCCAACGAUGCCCAACAGUCCAUUAUGCUUAUAGUAGAGAGCACCGACCAACAGUGAUGUGUUUUUAUUUUACAUGUUUUACUUGAAACCAAAUAAUUUAUGAAUAAUUAUUAAUAGACGAUUAAAACUUUAUAUUGAGGUAA